AUGACAUCAUCUACUUGUAGCUUCACCGAGGUAAUAUCAUUACCUUCCAGGGUCUUGUCCUCUUCCUCCAAGCCCAGCUUCACCUUAGGUGUGCUCUCAAAUGCACUCUCAGGUGUGCUCUCAAGUGCACUCUCAGGUGUGCUCUCAAAUGCACUCUCAGGUGUGCUCUCAAAUGCACUCUCAGGUGUGCUCUCAAAUGCACCCUCAGGUGUGCUCUCAAGUGCACUCUCAAGUGUGCUCUCAAGUGCACUCUCAGGUGUGCUCUCAAAUGCACUCUCAGGUGUGCUCUCAAAUGCACUCUCAGGUGUGCUCUCAAGUGCACUCUCAGGUGUGCUCUCAAAUGCACUCUCAGGUGUGCUCUCAAAUGCAAGUGCACUCUCACGUGUGCUCUCAAAUGCGCUCUCAGGUGUGCUCUCAAGUGCACUCUCAGGUGUGCUCUCAAGUGCACUCUCAGGUCUGCUCUCAAAUGCACUCUCAGGUGUGCUCUCAAAUGCACUCUCAGGUGUGCUCUCAAGUGCACUCUCAGGUGUGCUCUCAAAUGCACUCUCACGUGUGCUCUCAAAUGCACUCUCAGCGGAACAGGGAUUCUAA